GCGACAACGCCCUCCCUUCUCCAAACCCUUGCACAACCCAUAAGUCAUGUCUAAAUUGUCACAACGGGGAGGGAGGGGUGUUACUCAGAGGGGUCUCUUGUAUAAUCCAGGUUGAAAAGGGAGAAGUGCCCUAUUCUGAGCCAGGAUCAUCCAUCUCCACGUCGGAGGAGAUUUCGACACGUCCUCCUGGCUGGAUCUCACAACUUGAGUUGUCGUCUUCCUUCUCCUUCGUUUGAACAGCAUUUUUCACCGUCGGCCUCGGGGUAGAAACCGGAGUGGUAGAAGAAGGCCACGUCGCUCAUCCAGAAGACACCUGCACACAGAAGACCUCAAGGGCUACCAGCAUCGGGAGAAAAUGGUCACGUUGAAGAUCUCUUUUUUGAUCUUAUCCUCUCUGUCUCAAGCCACAGGUUGUUUCCGACUCAUCACCCCCUCGAAAUGGGGAGCCAAGGUGGCCAACUGCUCCCAACCGUUGAGGGAUGUCCCGCCCGAGUACGUGGUCAUCAUCCACACCGCCGGCAACUCUUGUCGGACUCACGCCGACUGCCACAACGAAGUCAAGAUGAUGCAGAACUACCACAUGAACCUGAAGGGAUGGUGCGACAUCGCCUACAGUUUCCUGAUCGGUGAGGACGGAUAUGUGUACGAAGGACGGGGUUGGCGCAAUGAAGGAUCCCACACCUAUGGCUACAACGACCUCUCCUUGGGGAUUGCUUUCAUCGGCACUUUUGUGGAACGAUCCCCGGAAGACAAAGCUUGGAAAGCUCUCAGGUGCUUCCUUGAUUUCUCGGUGAAAAUUGGCUACCUGUCACCUGAAUAUAUAUUGUUGGCCCACAGCGAUGUCAGUGACCUGGUAUCUCCUGGAGAAUUUAUCCGCACUGAGAUUGCCAAAUGGCCAAACUACAAGCAUUCCCUUUACGUUUUGAAUCGUGGUGGACAAUAAACUUCACCGAUAAAGAAAAUAAUCUAAUUUUCCUUCAAAAUGAAGAAUAUGAACGAAUUUUCCUUCUUGAUCAAGAGAAUGAACGAAUUUUCCUUCUUGAUCAAGAAAAUGAACGAAUUUUCCUUCUCGAUGAAGAAAAUGAACAAAUUUUCCUUCUUGAUCAAGAAAAUGAAUGAAUUUUCCUUCUUGAUCCAGAAAACGAACGAAUUUUCCUUCUCGAUGAAGAAAAUGAACGAAUUUUCCUUCUUGAUCAAGAAAAUAAAUUGAUUUUCCUUCUUGGCAUGGCAAUGAAACUUGAUGAGUUGAGCUGCAGAGCAGCUGUCUUCAGCCAAGGACCCUCCAUAUCCUCCUUUUUAAAUCUGACCCCUUUCCCCAAAUUAAUCCAUUUCUGUGGCACCAAAUCUAUUUUGAUUUUUGACAGACUUUUUAGGACUUUUAAACCCACGUUCUUCUCUCGUGCCAGGAUGCACGAUGCUUCUUGUACCUUGUCUUGCUUGUGUUUUUGUUAUCAUUCCUCUGUUUUCCAUUGUGUUUUUGUUAUUGUUCCUCUUAAAUUAAAGUUGAAUGUAAACUUU